UUACCCGACCCAGAUUGCCCACUGUGUCUCUGGGAAUUUUGAUCAGGCUUCGUGAGGAUUCUGAUCGAGCUUUUGUGGUUCGUGAGAAUUGAUCAAAUUCGGAUUUUUUGAUCGAGCUUCUGAGGUUCGUGAGAAUUCCGCAGUUUCUCUUAGUCUCGCCACCUGUUUGUUAAAAUGUCUCACUGACUUCAUGUGUUAUUUUUCAUUACUAUCUUUUUCCGUGCACUUCUGCUAUCGGAUUGAUUGAUUUUGGGAUGGAACAGUUUCAAGUUUGAAGCUGGUAUUUUAACUCAGUUUUGAUCUUCCCUUUAAAAAAAAUAUUAGUUUUGAUCUCUGUAGCACAACUAUGAUUUCUCAAUUUCUUAACCCGUGAGCUACAUGUAAUUAAUUGUAAAGGUAAGUUUUGUUUCAUGAAUGGAAAACGCUAUGCUCGCAUUCAAUAUUUUGUGCCACUGAAAGUAAUCAUCCGGUUAAUUGAUUUUACAGUUCAUUAACUGCCAUCAAAAGGGUGGAAGAAAUAGUGGAAAAGAAAAGUUAAAUCUUUUCAGGAAAAUCUGUUAAAGAAAUGUUAGUUAAUAGAGAUUUUUUUUGGCAACACCAGAAACAAGAUCGUAUUUUCUUAAUUGCUUUGAAGCAACAGUAGAAGCCUUAGCCUUUACCAACAAGAUAGUAUUUUGUUAAUCUUUAGAUUUCCCUUUUGCAUUGAUCAACAGUAGAGGUGAGAAGUAGCUUCAUCACAAGAGUGUAACUUCAGGAUUUUGUUUUACCUUACACCAUUUGCUUGUUAUAGACAGUUCUCUACGAAGUUGCUGUUGUGUUUGAAUGGGGACUCGAGCAUGGAAUCAUAUUUCUUUGAAUUGUCUCAAAUUAUACCAUGAUAUCUUGGUGACAUGCGAUUCAUGGGUAUUUAUGGAAGAAAAUCAUGGAUCGUUGGAGUGGCAUCUUGAAAAUCCAGUUGCAUCCAGGUACCAGUAGUUUCUACCGGGUUGCAGCAUCCCUCGCCCUUUCCUCUUCUCCCAAAAGGCUUGCAGUACCUUCUGGAAAUGCAAUAUUCUUUAGUGGAGAUCGGGUGGAAGGCACGGGAAAUCCAGUGAUCGAGAGAUUAUCUGAUCCUCAGAAGAUUGCUGAAAUUUUAGUUUCAAAAUUUGGUGGAUCCAUUAAUGCCUUUGUUGUGGAGGCUCCCAUUUUCAAUGGACCUUUCGCUGUUUAUAAGGAUUUUAUCCCCUCUUUGAAUGAGUACGGAGAGCCAAAAUCUUAUGACGCAACUGGGUUCCCAGCUUCUACAUCACUGGUCUUGCUCUUGUCAAAGUUUCUUGCAGAGGCGAAAAACGUCAUUCUGGGGAAACAGAAAGAGCCGUGCCUAACUGAAGCUUCUUCGCCAUCACCAUGCAAACCACAGACAGCACUUUUCGGGUUUAGCAAGGGCGGUACAGUGCUCAACCAGCUUAUAACUGAGUUUGCCUUCUUCUCAGAAUCCCAAUCCGCUGUCAAAGAAGACGACUGGAUUGUACCCACGUCAAAGGAGCUCCUCUUCAACAGCAUAUCCGAGAUUCAUUAUGUAGAUGUGGGGUUGAACGCUGAAGGAGCUUAUCUCACCAAUAGCGACGCGAUUGAUAGGAUCUCGGAAGGCCUUCCUCAGAGGCGCCUGGGCAUCAGGUUUCUCUUUCACGGAACGCCAAGGCAGUGGUGUGACGAGAGGCGGAUUUGGAUCCGUAAGGAGAAGGACGCCCUCGUUCGACUCGUGAAGCUUGCUGCGAAACGGAAUACGGGUAAAUUGCUUGUUCGUGAGAGAUUGUACUUUCCUAGUAAACUCCCUGAUAUGCAGAUGCAUUUUGAAAUUAUUGAUGUCAUGGAUGUUAGUUAAGCAGAAAGAAGUAAGCUCAAAUUUUCUUUA